AAAAACCAGAUAUGACCAAACCCCAAACCCAUCUCUGUUCAAGAACUUGCAAACAGCUUCUGUCUUUCUGAUACUUAUCCACUUUCCCUUUUGUUAAUAUCUUUGUCUGAAAAAUCCAUGGAUCUAAAGAUGAACUCAUCAACUGCUGAACAAGAUCUUGCUGAAGGACAAGUCGAAGCCAUAGAUGAUCUUCUCGAAGAGUGUUGGUUCUUUGAUAACAUGCUCAACAGAAGAUCUAGGGUCCUUAGGUAUUGUCACUCUGAUCCUUUCCCUUCUUCUUCUUCUUCCUCUUCUUCCGCUUCUUCGAAACCGAAACCUAUCCAGAAGACGAUAAAUUCAGCGUCAGACAAGUGUCUAGAAGCUUCUACAGGUCGUGUCCUGAUCCGGGCACCGUCUCUUCCUCUGGAUCGGGAAGGAAGAGGCGAGGCGGCGAAGAGGAUCGGGAAGCUGACAAGACAGCUGUCAGAGAAGUUUAGGGUUCAAGAUCCGAGACCCGGGUCUAGUUACUUGCUGAAGAAGCAACCGUCGGUUCAAGACAAGGGGAGGGAAGGUUCUAGAAGGAACAGAGACAGCAGAAGUGUCUGGUCGUCUUCUCAGACAGGUGGGAGUUUGCAGAGAACUCAGACGUUGCCGAGUUACAUAGGAAGAGACGAAGCGGAGGAGGAGUUUCAAGAUCAAGAAAGCGACGCAAGAUUGGGAUUCUUGAUCCGUGAGGCUCUGGCGAGUUCCGCCGAGUUGACACCUCCGAGUCAAAACCUCUCAAAGGUUUCGGCCAUUCCAAGGCACAGACCGAUGGAAGAAUGCAUUCAAGAACCCAUCACGGGAAGAGACCAGAGUUAUUACAAGACAUUACGUAAAACAGUAAGCAACCUCGAAACAGAAGAGAUCCAGAGAUUGGGGAUGGGAUCGAACAGGACAGACUCAGACUCUGAAUCGAAACAGAAAGAUCAAGAAGAAAGGAUGACGACGAAGGGGAAGAGCUCCGCCGGAGGGAGAGGGAGGUGCGCCGCCGCCGCCGCCUCCGGGCCACCGAUUCCGGCGAGGGUUCCGAAGGAUUCGAGGAGAGACAUGAAGGCUCAGAUAAAGUUCUGGGCUCGAGCCGUUGCGAGCAAUGUCAGGCAAGAGUGCUGAAGGCUUCUCAUUAACAUGAUCGACACCGUACAGUACACAUUCUUUGUUCUUUUUUAUCUUCUUUAAUCUUUUACUGGAAUCAUGAGGUUCUUCUGUUUAUGUGAUCAUAUUGUUCUGAUUUUUU